AUGACACACUCGUCAGAUCCUGUACCAGCUGGCCAGCUUGGGGAAAGUGUGGAAACAUCUCCUACAAGCCUAGACAGUGUCUUGUCCAUGGACAUCAACACCCUGACUACAACUACAGCUUCGCCAUUGUCGCAGCUAGUGGAGCAGAUCGUUGGCCCAGCUCUAUUCCCUACUUGUGAACCUGCCGUCUCACCCCAAACAGGUUUUGAUCCCGGUUCUAGCGAGAGUUCGCCAGUACCCCCUGAUACGCUCGACGAGCUUGUCGAUUUUACCACCAUAGAAACAGCAGAAACCCCCUUGCAACUCACGAAGGGCGUCAGCGGCUCUUCCGAGCGCGUCCUGCGACUUGACGAAAUUUCACCCACGCCCCCCAUGCCUCAGCACGGAAAGGAGAGCCAGCAUCGGUUCAGAGCGCGGCUAAUGUGGCUCAUCGAACAGAUGAUGUAUGUCUCGGGAGAAACCGCGGAACCAUCGGUUGAAACGACUGGCAUCAUCGAAGAUAUUGUGCGACAGCAGGUUAUUGAGCUGCUUCGCAACUGCACCGAGCUCGCUGCUAGACGAGGUUCUCGAUCGAUCGGCAUCAACGAUUUAAUCUUCCAAAUCCGACACGACCAGGCUAAGGUGUCUCGACUCCGAACCUUCCUCUCCUGGAAGGAUGUUCGCAAGAAUGUCAAGGAUUCAGACGACAAGGGCGGCGAUGCCGAUCUAGGCGCUGCGGAGGACCCCGUUGGCGGAGUUGUACCCGGAGGUCCCGUCGAUGAUACUGCCAAGAAGAUCAAGACGUCCAAGACCACCCUCCCUUGGGAGCCUAGCUCGUUCUACAACCAGGAAGUCCCUGAGCGCGACGAUGAGGAGGAUGAAGAAGAAGAGGCUAUGAACCACAUUACACUCCAGCGCCUCCAAAAGGCGGACGAACGCACCAAGGUCAUGACAAAGGAAGAGUACGUCACUUGGUCGGAAUACCGUCAGGCGUCCUUCACUUUCCGCAAGAGCAAACGAUUCAGGGAGUGGGCCGGAUUCGGAAUUGUCACCGACAGCAAACCGUCCGAUGACAUUGUCGAUAUCCUCGGCUUCCUUACCUUCGAGAUGGUGCAGACCCUGACCGAGGUCGCCCUAAGUGUCAAGGAGCAGGAGGAUGUCCUCCACCGCGCCCAGAACGGCGGCGACAAGGCCGCUGGUGGAAACAAGAAGCGCAAGCUUAACCAGGGCCUCUUUGAUCCCCCGAGCGAGGGUAGGUCGCCUAUCGAGCCGAGGCAUGUGACGGAGGCGUUUAGGCGUCUGCAGCAGCGACCCAAGAAAUCGAGGGCUAUGUUGAACGGCACGAGACUGUCUCAUCGGACUAGUCUCAAUAUCUUCUGA